GCAAGAUGUAUGCCCGAAAGAUUAGUGACGCAGGUUGGAGGUAAUCUAUACCAUUUUCUCCUUAUGACUUUGAAAGUCAUUUUGCUUUCGCGCAAGUAGCACGUAGUACUAGAUGUUUGGUAUUUGUGGUAGACAGGUCGUACAUGCUAAUGCUGGUUCAACUCAGAGUCCACGCUUGUGAUAGAUUGGAUAAAUAUGAAAGCCUGAAAGAGGAGUUUGAGGGUCGGAAGAAUGUGCAAAUAUUUCCGAAUGGCCAUUUAGUAUCCCGAUCGAGCGACUAUAUUAUCUAUAGCGUCGAGGCGGAAGCAAUUGACAAAGUGGUAUCUUUAUAUGGACCAUCCACCAAGCAGGGCGCAAUUGUUGGAGGUCAGACCUCCUGUAAAGCACCCGAAAUUGCCGCUUUUAAAAAGCAUCUUCCCGAUGAUGUCGACAUUGUAUCUUGCCACUCUCUUCAUGGUCCGAAUGUUGACCCGAGAGGCCAACCAUUGGUUCUUAUAAAGCACAGAGCUUCUCAGGAGAGCUUCGAUUUAGUCGAGCGCAUCCUAUCUUGUUUUGGCUCAAAGCACGUCUAUCUUUCGGCAGAACAGCAUGAUCGUAUCACGGCUGACACGCAAGCCGCGACCCAUGCUGCUUUUCUAAGUAUGGGCACAGCUUGGCGCGCAAACAAUCAGUUCCCCUGGGAAAUCAACCGAUAUGUGGGAGGAAUUGAAAACGUGAAGAUCAAUGUAACCUUGCGAAUCUACUCGAAUAAAUGGCACGUCUAUGCCGGCUUGGCCAUUUUAAACCCCUGGGCAAAAGAGCAGAUUCGGCAAUAUGCACAAUCGGUCACGGAAUUGUAUAAGCUUAUGCUAGGAGGUCAUAGGGAAGAGCUCGCCCAACGAAUCAGGACAGCAGGUGCAGCUGUCUUCAAGCCAGGUACCGGCGAUGAGGACUUACUACUUCGCGACGAAGUACUUGACCGCUUUUCUCUUGGGAAAGUUCCAGAGAAGCGAAUGCCAAAUAACCAUCUAAGCCUGCUCGCAAUGGUUGACUGUUGGUGGAAGCUCGGAAUAGUCCCUUACGAUCAUAUGAUCUGUUCUACCCCGCUUUUCCGACUCUGGCUCGGCGUGACCGAGUAUCUUUACCGCAAACCUGACCUACUGGAAGAGGUCAUCCGUGUUUCUGUUGAAGACGAUACCUUCAGGUCCGACGAUUUAGAAUUUACAUUUGCUGCUAGGGGAUGGAGCGAAUGCGUCAGCUUCGGUAACUUUGCCAGUUACCAAGAUCGAUUUGAACAGAUCCAGAAGUAUUUUGCCCCCCGCUUUCCUGAAGCCACAAGGGUGGGGAAUGAAAUGAUCAAGACAAUCUUGGAGAGGACCAGAUAAGAUUUGCACCUUUCCUUUUUUUCUCCCCCCUUUUGAAUUUCUGGCAUCGGCGUUGCGGAGCGGUCUUAAUUGAAGAUUUGAUACACCUGGAGCGCAAUUGUCGGUGUUUAUGUCCAACUAGAACUCAACAUGCUUUCAUAUUUGACCUAUUUCUUCCUUCACCAGGCGUGAAGCUUAGUCUUAUUAAUUGAAUGAAGCAUAUUAAGCUCGUCAUGCUUAGCGCUGAGAAACCAGCGUCAUGAUAUCUUGAUGCAAAAUUGGUGC